GGCGGCGGCUUUCGGUCGCUGCGCUUUAAAUCCAAGCAGGAGCCCGGCGGGUAGCGGGUCUCGAGCUGGCAGUCGGGAGCAGCGCUGCUGCCGCAGAGAUCUAGGGACCUGGGCAAGGUCGGUGGAGGCGGAGGGCGAGCCAGCCCCACUGGCCACGGAAGGGUGGGUGGGGACAGCCCCCCAUGCGGGCUCGGGGGUCGAUCCCCACCAGUAGAUCUUUUGCAAAGCAAGCGGGGGAGAAGGAGGCGGUUGCAUUGCAAGCCUAGAAGGUGAGAGCCAGGCAGAGCUGCAAGCAUGGGGAACCGCGGGAUGGAAGACCUCAUCCCCCUGGUGAACAAGCUCCAGGAUGCCUUCGCAGCCAUCGGCCAGAAUGCCAACUUGGACCUGCCCCAGAUUGCUGUGGUCGGGGGGCAGAGCGCCGGCAAGAGCUCCGUGCUGGAGAAUUUCGUGGGAAGAGACUUCCUGCCUCGUGGUUCUGGCAUCGUCACGAGACGCCCACUGGUCCUGCAGCUGGGAAACUCCAACACAGAAUAUGGCGAAUUUCUGCACUGCAAAGGAAAAAAAUUCACUGACUUCGAAGAGAUACGUAUGGAAAUCGAGGCAGAGACGGACAGGGUUACUGGCUCCAACAAGGGGAUUUCUCCUGUACCCAUCAGCCUCCGAGUCUACUCUCCCCAUGUCCUGAAUCUGACACUGGUGGACCUGCCAGGGAUGACAAAAGUCCCAGUGGGGGACCAGCCACCUGACAUUGAGUUCCAGAUCCGGGAUAUGUUAAUGCAGUUUGUUACCAAAGAGAACUGCCUGAUCUUGGCUGUAUCCCCAGCCAACUCUGAUCUGGCCAACUCUGAUGCUCUGAAGAUUGCAAAGGAGGUGGACCCCCAAGGCCAACGCACCAUUGGAGUCAUCACCAAACUGGACCUUAUGGAUGAAGGAACUGAUGCACGAGAUGUUCUAGAGAACAAGCUACUUCCCCUUCGAAGAGGUUAUAUUGGUGUGGUCAACAGAAGCCAGAAAGAUAUUGAUGGCAAGAAGGACAUUCAGGCUGCACUAGCUGCAGAGAGGAAGUUCUUCCUUUCACACCCAUCCUACAGGCACAUGGCUGAUCGCAUGGGCACUCCCUACCUGCAGAAAAUAUUGAACCAGCAACUGACCAAUCACAUCCGGGACACCCUCCCAGGGUUGCGGAACAAACUCCAGAGCCAGCUUCUGUCCAUUGAGAAAGAAGUGGAUGAGUACAAGAACUUCCGUCCUGAUGACCCUGCUCGAAAGACCAAAGCUCUGCUUCAGAUGGUCCAGCAAUUUGCCGUGGACUUUGAGAAACGCAUUGAAGGAUCCGGAGACCAGAUUGAUACCUAUGAGCUGUCUGGAGGAGCUAGGAUCAACCGUAUCUUCCAUGAGCGGUUCCCGUUUGAACUGGUGAAGAUGGAGUUUGAUGAGAAGGAGCUGCGACGGGAGAUCAGCUAUGCUAUCAAGAACAUCCAUGGUAUCAGAACGGGUCUCUUCACGCCUGACCUCGCUUUUGAAGCCAUAGUGAAAAAGCAGGUGCAGAAGUUGAAGGAGCCAAGUCUGAAGUGUGUGGAUAUGGUAGUGAGUGAGCUCACAUCCACCAUCAGAAAGUGUAGUGAAAAGCUCAGUCAGUACCCUCACUUGCGGGAGGAGAUGGAACGGAUUGUUACUACCCACAUUCGAGAGCGAGAAGGCAAGACAAAGAAUCAGGUCAUGCUCCUGAUAGACAUUGAGUUGGCAUACAUGAACACAAACCAUGAGGAUUUCAUUGGCUUUGCCAAUGCUCAGCAGAGGAGUAGCCAGAUGAGCAAGAAGAAGGCAGCUGGCAACCAGGAUGAGAUCCUGGUGAUCCGAAAGGGCUGGCUCACCAUCAACAACAUUGGGAUCAUGAAGGGCGGCUCCAAGGAGUACUGGUUUGUCCUGACUGCUGAGAACCUCUCAUGGUAUAAAGACGAUGAGGAGAAGGAGAAGAAAUACAUGCUGCCAGUGGAUAACCUGAAGCUGCGGGAUGUUGAGAAAGGUUUCAUGUCCAGCAAACAUAUCUUUGCUCUCUUCAACACUGAGCAGAGGAACGUUUACAAAGACUAUCGGCAGCUGGAGCUGGCCUGCGAGACCCAGGAGGAGGUUGACAGCUGGAAAGCUUCCUUCUUGCGUGCAGGAGUUUACCCAGAGCGUGUUGGGGACAAAGACAAAGCAAAUGAAACGGAAGAAAAUGGAUCAGACAGCUUCAUGCACUCCAUGGACCCUCAACUGGAGAGACAAGUGGAAACCAUCAGAAACUUGGUGGACUCUUACAUGGGAAUUGUCAACAAAACCAUCCGAGACCUCAUGCCUAAGACCAUUAUGCAUCUCAUGAUAAACAACACCAAGGAUUUUAUCCACUCAGAGUUAUUGGCAAACCUAUAUUCUUGUGGAGAUCAAAACACCCUCAUGGAAGAGUCAGCAGAGCAGGCCCAGCGGCGUGAUGAGAUGCUGCGCAUGUACCAUGCCCUGAAGGAGGCGCUUAACAUCAUAGGGGACAUUAACACCACCACCAUCAGCACCCCGAUGCCUCCGCCGGUGGACGACUCCUGGCUGCAGGUGCAGAACAUACCAUCUGGACGCAGGUCUCCUACGUCCAGCCCUACACCACAGAGGAGAGCUCCUGCUGUUCCACCAGCCAGACCUUUGUCUCGAGGCCCGGCUCCUGGACCUCCUCCUGCUGGUGGAUCCGCACUGGGUGGUGCUCCCCCUGUGCCCUCCAGGCCAGGUGCCUCCCCUGAUCCUUUUGGGCCCCCACCUCAGGUUCCAUCUAGGCCCAACCGUGCUCCUCCUGGUGUCCCCAGAAUCACUAUCAGUGACCCCUGAGGACUGACAGCCACGCAGGAAGGGCCCUGCCUCACCUACUCGACCCACCAUAAUCCGACCAGCUGAACCGUCCCUCUUAGAUUUAUAACUCGAGGCCUGUAGACAGCUGGCGACGAGCGCCGUGCCCAUGGCUUUCCCACCCCACCCUCCACAGGCACAUUCACUCCUCUCAUCCAUCCCACAUCUUUAACUCUUACCACCCCUUCCCGGUGUGUCGUAAAACGCUAGCUAGUGAUUGAGCUCUUCGUCUUCUCUCGUGCGUCCUGUAUUGCUUUGUGAGCAUAGAAUAGUCCUCGUACAAUGGUGUGGGACCUUGAAGUACACGGGCUCCUUGGAGCAAUCAGCUGCAGGGGCAUCAUGAAGCCCAAAUGGCAGCUGUCCAUCCAAUCACUGGGCCUGCCUGGUCUAGCCUGAACAAAGUGUCUUGCCUGCAUUGGUUAGCUGUAGUGUCUCGGCACCUAGAACUAAUCUGUAGCUAUGUAGCUAUUUUCUUUUGUUGUAGUAAAGAACACAAAGCACGAUUCGGAAGAAUAAUAAAUGAUACUGUCAAAACGUGUGGCAUUAUUGGUAACAAAGGUGAAAUGUCCAGUGUGUGGGUUUCAUUUAAGGUGCAAAACUUAUUAUAUUGUUGGGAACAGUGCAAUCACAACCUCGCAUUAAAAUGAGACAGGGAGAUCAAGAAGGGGGGAACUUUGCAGAUCGGUGUAGUCCUAGAGAGCAAAGUCUAAGGUAGCACACAACUCAGGGUGCAAGGAGCAGAUGGACUUACUCCUCAGCCCUCCUUUAUAGCUGAGGAGAUGAUGCUGGUGGAGACCCACUGGCUUCUGCUAAUAGUUGGCUCACAUCACAGCCUCUGACAGACUUUCCAGAAACUGAGAGGGGAGUAAAUUGCUGAUCCCCCCCUUAUGCAAAUGGACAAGCAGACAUUUUCAGGGAGUUUGCUGUGAAAUGUUUUAUUGCAAUUUCUUUGUUUUUGGAUAAGCACAUUUCUUGUUCAAUGUUUUUUGGGUAGCAGUGCAAUUCCAGUAGCCUUUUCUUCUUGCAUGCAGAUGGUACGUGUUUUGGGAAAUGUGUAACCAUGACGGAUCAUAAUUCAUCUUCUUAAUGGUUUGGGAUUUUUUUUAAUGUCAUGUGUAAAGAAAAAAAAUUAAGAGUAUUAAAACUAUAUUGAUCCCAUGUAUCUUGAACAUUGUGUCUCUGCUGGAGCCAAAGAACCACCCUUCCUGCAGGUUUUGUGCCAGCCCCAAUUUAGAUUUAAGUUCUCUUAUUCCAGCACAGUUGUUUUUUAUUUCUGUUAUGGAUCCACUUUGCCUGACAUUCAAAUGAUGGUUCCUGUCUGUAUUUUAACUUUUUUUACUGCUUUGUUUCCCUCCCUGUUCCCUUUUCUCUUCCCUUUUUUAUUUUCUUUCUUCUGUGUCUCUUUCUUUAAAUUCCAGCCGGCCGGGCAAGGCCAGUCCCUCCCGCCCAGAGAGUCCAAAACCACCAUUUGACAUGUAGCCCUGCUCCCUCUGAGACUCUCUGCCUGCCUCUUAGCUGUUCUGUCCUGGAAUGGUCUGACUUGCAUCUCACACACGGCUUGUUCUGUUGUAUUUUGUGACAUACACAUAUCAGCUGUGACUCUAGUGAAACCUGUUUUUUUCCUUCCAGUUGCUUAAAGGAAUAAAAACAAGUAUAUUGUAGUAAUGAGAAACAUAUCCUUACUGUUAUAUAAAUAUCUAUAAAUAUAUAUAUAUAUAUAAGAUCAAAAUCUAUAAUGUUCAGGUGUUUUAAGCCAUUUGUGCUUCCAUGUGGAAUUUAGGAAAUACUUAAGUAGGUUCAAAUAUCUCUCUCUCUAUAUAAAUAUAUAUAUAUAAAUAUAUAUACACACACACACCCAGCAAAUUAACUGAAUCCUGAUAUUGAGUUUUUGAGCUGAUUGUUAAAUUCUCUGCUGUGUACAGUUGGGUUAUUGUAUUGCCCCAGACUUGUGGGUGAGCUGUCUCAGUGCUGGUAGUAACUGUGAUGCACUUUGUGAUCUACCUGUCACUCUUCUUUAUUGGCUGAAAUAAACUCUCAUUUCUGUAUAAUGAAGGAUUCCACAACUAGAAUAAAAACAGUCUCUGUC